AUGAAGAAACGGGCGCCCACGAACUCCGAUCUUACGUGGCAUCACUCGGGGCACUCUUUUCAUACACCACCAAUACCACAUGGACUCCACAACCCCACCACCACUACCACCACCCCGCCCCACAAAAGGGCUCAACUUAGGUUCAAAUCCCUUCCCGUCCCGAAAGGCCUAGGUUUCAAAAGUGGAUCGGGGCGCAACAAUUUCUCGCCUGCCCCCGGAGAACUCCCCAUCGUCAUAUGCAAGAUCCAAAUUAUCGGAUGUACCCAGCUUUUGGCAAAGGACCGGAAUGGCGCUAGCGAUCCAUUCGUCGUCGUUUCGGUACUAUUGAUGCGUCACCAAACCCCCGUUGCCAAACGGACUUUGAAUCCCGUGUAUAACCCCAAAGACGCGACCUUCGAGUUCCCGCUCUACCUCUCCCUAGCUGACAAGCUCGUUGGAGUGGAGUUGGUGGUAUGA